CGUGGUCGGUCCUUCAAACUAACCUACUCCAAACGCAAGCUCAAUGAGGCUGUAAAUUCAACAACUUAAAUCCUUUUUACCUUUGGUUUAUUAUCUGACGCCUGUCACAAAUAGGGGAACGAGCACCCAACUCUAUCAACCGCCUCCUCUUUUCUCACAAUGUUAUAAGUACUUACCUACCUAACCUAUCUUCAUUUAAUUUGCCUGCCUUUUUUUCUUCCCAAAAAAACUAUUUCCUCUUUAUAAUCAAGAAACUAUCGAUCCUACGACUUCCGCGACUACUCGCCGUCGCGCAUCACAUUUUCUAGACAUUAACAUCUAGUCCGAGUCGCCUUCGCGAACUAAAUAUUCUAUCAUCAUGGCCGAUGUAGAUGAUGAACUCCUAGCCCUCGUCGGAGGCGACGAGUCGUCUGAUGAGGAGCAAGAGCAACCUGCGAGUCCUAGUCGUUCUGUAUCUGGUUCACCCGACCCCGAAGCCAAGGAUCAAAUGUCGAGCAAGACGAAGCACAAGUCUAGCAAGAAGAAACAUGAUGAUUCGGAUGAGGAGGAAGGCGAGGCUUCUUCUAUUGCCUCUCCUGCCUCGCAGAAUUCUGCACCCAUGGACGAAUCUGAUUCCGAGUCCGAUACCUUGCAGGCUACCAACACCAACGGCAAGAUGGACGAUGAUGAUGAUAACAAGUACCCCAUCGAUGGAAUUUAUGCAAGUGAGGCAGAGAAGGAAGAGAUUUUAGCUAUGCCCGAACUCGAGCGAGAGCAGUUGCUUGCUAGACGUCAGGAGGAAGUUGAUCGCCAGCGACAAAACACCUUACUUCGUCGAUUACUAAAAACGAGAGAGGACGAUAGUCAGUCGGUUAAGAAGCGCAAAGCUAGUGCUGCUGACCUAGAUGAAUCCCAGCGCAAGCCCUCACGACAGCGAACAAGAGUUGGUGGUUCAAGAGUGGGCGAGACGAGCUCUGGCAUUGAGUCGCUCCGCCGCGCUCGAGCCGAAAAGAACGAUCGGCAGCGCCGUAGAGAAGAAGAUCGAGAGCGCAAUAAGAAGUCACACCUAGGUUCGCGUGAUAGUCCCGGUCGCGAUGCCGACGAUGAUAGCGACGUCGAGUGGGCUGGUAGAUCAAGGGACAGGUUUUCCAAGUCACGAACUCCCGAAGUGAAAGAGACCCCCCUUGCCGACAUCCGUGAUUUCGAGCGCGUACGACUUGGCCGCAGCCGAUUCGCUCGAGUUUGUUUCUAUCCUGGUUUUAACGAAGCCAUCACCGGAUGCUACGUCCGUAUCGCUCUUGGUCCAGGUUCCGACGGCUCUAAUGUCUACCGAAUGGCUCUUAUUAAAGGGUUCACACAGGGAAAGCCAUAUGCCAUGGAGAAGCCAAACGGUCAGAACUUUGUCACCGAUCAGUAUAUCAGAGCCGCACAUGGCAAAUCUGAAAGGGACUGGCCUUUCAUCAGUUGUUCUGACUCGCCUUUUACAGAGGCCGAGUUCAACCGCUAUAAAAAAGUUUGCCAAGACGAGGGCGUUAUCUUUCCCAAGAGACCAACACUAGACGCUAAAAUUGACGAUAUUAAUGCUCUAGUGAAUCGCUCCUGGACCGAUGCAGAGGUGAAUGCUAAGAUUGAGCGAGAGCGGAGUCUGCUCAGUAAAUUCACGCCUACUGAGCGAAACCGAUUAGUUGAGUUGAUCGAGGAAGCUAGACGACGCGGAGACGACGCACGAGUUUCGGAACUCCAAGAUAAGCUGGACUCCCUCGAAACUCCACGUCUGGCUUUUAAGACCAGCCUCACGCCAUCGAAUAAGUCGACCAGUUCAACACCAACGCAGCAGGAACGAUUAGCAGCUUUGAAUGCUGAAAACCGUCGACGUAACGUGGAGGCUGUCCGUAAGGCACAGCUAAUGGAGAAAGCGAAGGCGCGCCAAAUUGAAGCACGCGUUGCGCGUGGAGAAGAUGUCAAUGAAGACACUUCACGACGUCUCAGAACCAAGCCUAAGUUUAGGCAGGACAUUAAUGAGUCCACCGAGCCCAAGUCGACGCCAGCCAAUGGCAGUGGUGCAUCGACACCUGCAAACGGCACACCAAAGCAGAGUGCUACUACGAAAGCACCACUUCUACCUCAUCUGCAGAAGCUGCAGCUACAGAACCACCAGGCAGGGAAAGACAAGAAGGGGAUCCCUCAGAUUCAUAAACCGAUCGUGGAUGAUGAUAUCAUCGCGGCUUUGGAUCUUGACAUUGAGGUUGAGAUUGAUUAGACGGAGCGAGCAAAUUUCUGCAUAAUUAGACUGGAUUUUGGUUUCCUAGUCAAUGUUUUCUCUUUGGAGUGUACGUUAAAGGACGAAGUUUUCUAUCCAUACGCUCUCGGAAAACAAGUCACUAAGUUAGGUUAUUAUUCAACCAAGGGCAACUCUACCCAAGACAUAGGUCUAGGAGAUGGCGUAGAUGGCGUUGAGGAUAGGUUCAAUUGGACGGUAGCAGAAGAUAGGAGCAUAGCAUCAACAUUAGGCAUAGCUACAUAUAAUCUUCGCUACCUCUUUCAGCCAGUGCACGAUAAUUAGUCAGGUAGCUAUUUGAAAAUGAAA